GGAUGCACGAAAAUCAAACUUCGCUGAGUCCAAGUCUAGGACCACGAAAAUAUUUAACCCUAUGAACUAUUUAAAGUUUAAACCCAUUCAAAAUACCUAAACCUCUCCCCCGGCUGCCUAACCAACCCUCACUCAUUUUCGUCGUCAGGCCUUUCGGCUACUCCGCCGCCGCACUACCUGUCUGGUGCUAUCCCUCCUCCGCCGUGUGCCGCCAACCCAUCCAAGCAGCAGAACCUCUCCGUCGUCUCACCCCACCGCCAAAAAACCCACCGCGUUUUGCUGCACGGCGCGGUAGCCGACGGCUUAUCAUCGCCGGCGCGGUUUCUUGUAUUCAUCACAAACCUUCCACCUUCCCAAACCCUAGAAAAUCUCUGGUUGCAGAGUUGAAAAAAUGCAGACAGAGACGACAGAGGUAGUGAUGGAGAAUAGGGAGAUAAUCAACAACGUGAUGUGCCUUUUGACUGACCCAGAUGGAAAUCCUCUUGGUGCUCCUAUUUACCUGCCUCAGAAUGCUGGUCCACAACAGCUUCAACAGAUUGUCAACAAGCUUCUGAACAAUGAGGAGAAAUUGCCAUAUGCUUUCUACAUAUCGGACGAAGAGCUCCUUGUGCCACUUGAAACAUACUUGCAGAAAAACAAAGUCUCGGUGGAGAAGGUAUUGCCUAUAGUUUGUCAACCUCAAGCUAUUUUCCGGAUUCGUCCAGUGAAUCGCUGUUCGGCAACUAUUUCUGGUCACGCGGAAGCUGUUCUGACGGUUGCCUUCAGUCCUGAUGGGCGGCAACUGGCAAGUGGUUCUGGUGAUACCACCGUUCGAUUUUGGGACAUGAACACUCAGACACCAUUGUACACAUGCACAGGACACAAGAAUUGGGUCCUCUGUAUUGCAUGGUCACCAGAUGGCAAGCAUCUUGUAAGCGGGAGCAAGGCUGGGGAACUUCAGUGCUGGGACCCACAAACUGGAAAGUCGUCAGGCAAUCCACUAACUGGCCACAAGAAAUGGAUAACUGGUAUAUCUUGGGAACCUGUCCACCUGAGUUCUCCUUGCCGUCGCUUUGUAAGUGCUAGCAAAGAUGGGGAUGCCCGUAUAUGGGAUGUCACUUUAAAGAAAUGUGUUAUAUGUCUCACUGGCCACACACUUGCAAUAACAUGCGUCAAAUGGGGUGGAGACGGUGUGAUUUAUACUGGCUCCCAGGAUUGUACAAUCAAGGUUUGGGAAACCACACAAGGAAAGCUAAUACGUGAACUGAAGGGACAUGGACAUUGGGUUAAUUCUUUGGCAUUGAGCACUGAGUAUGUUCUUCGCACUGGAGCUUUUGAUCAUACUGGAAAACAAUAUUCGUCGCCUGAGGAAAUGAAGAAGGUUGCUCUUGAAAGGUACCAAAAAAUGAGAGGCGAUGCCCCUGAAAGAUUGGUCUCUGGAUCUGAUGAUUUCACCAUGUUCCUUUGGGAGCCCUUUGUCAACAAGCACCCCAAAACUCGUAUGACAGGUCAUCAGCAGCUUGUAAACCAUGUCUAUUUUUCACCUGAUGGGCAAUGGGUGGCAAGUGCAUCUUUCGAUAAAUCUGUGAAGUUAUGGAAUGGCACUACGGGGAAAUUUGUUGCUGCCUUUCGUGGCCAUGUUGGGCCGGUUUACCAGAUCAGCUGGUCUGCUGAUAGUAGACUUAUUCUAAGUGGCAGCAAGGACUCUACACUUAAGGUUUGGGAUAUUAGGACUCGCAAGUUGAGGCAAGAUCUUCCAGGCCAUGCUGAUGAAGUUUUUUCUGUUGAUUGGAGUCCUGAUGGGGAGAAGGUAGCCUCUGGUGGUAAGGAUAAAGUGUUGAAGUUGUGGAUGGGCUAGGCUACUUUUUGGAUGAAUAUCUACAGCUGGUGUAUCUCAAUGGUGUUGCCAGUGCAUGGAAAUCAAAGGUUGGCUUUUAUGUGGAUGGUAAAGGUUAUGUUUAAAAUUACUCUGCAUUGCCCUUGAGUGUAGGCACUGCACUGGUAGAAGUUUUGCUCAAAUUGAGUCUCAGGUAAAGAAGCUGAUUGAAUUACUUGGGGGCCUAUAAUAUACUUUGCUGUUUUGCGGGGUGCUUUGAAGGUUUUUGUUGUACUGCUGUAGGGUUCAUUGGUAAUGAUGAACUCCAAGAACAGGGGACUAUAUGUAAAGGCUAGACUGAGGAUAGAUUUUUGUUGGCGUCUUUGAAUGGAGUAUUUUAAUUUUUAAGAUUUGAAAUGUAAGAGCAACUCCAACCCCAAAAUUCUUAUCUGGUUUCUUAACACACUAUUCAGCACUA